AUGCCCUACUUCUCCGACCUCAACAUCUAUCUCCACCAGUCCUCCCUCCUCAUCCAAGCAUACCCAACCACGCGCAUCACAACGAAAUACUCCCUCCCCCGCAAACCGAACUCAAAGGCAAAAUCCAAACCCAGCCUCGACGCCUCAAAGGACACUGGCUCGGCGCCCGAAACGUCCACACAAGCACAAGCACAAGCACAGGCACAACCUAAGCGCGAUCGUUCGGCGACACUCACCCUCAAGACAUACCAUCCCGAAAGCGGGAUCUGCCUGAAAUACCGCACCGACAAGGCCGCCGAGGUGGGCAGGUUGUUGACCGGUCUGGGACGAUUAGCGAGGGGAGAGACGAUCGAGCCGCCUAGCGCUGCUUCUGCUCCUGCGGCCGGCGUAGCGACGGCUACCACGGACGUCGAUGCCGAUAAGAUGGAGGUCGACGGCGGGGCCGUGAAGAUGGAGGACAAAAUAGCGACUGCGCCGCCCGUGGCAAUCACACCGCAGGCAAGUGGUGGUGGUGGUGGUGGUGGUGGUGGCAAGGGUAAGAAAAAGAAAGGCAAGAAAUGA